AGGUGAAGGACACAGCUGUAUACGAAGGGAUUAAAUGCGUUAUAGAGUUUAUAGGUCUCAUUUUCCGGUUUCUUAAUCAAGUUAAGGGUUGACAACUGUCACAGCGUGGGAAUAUCGAUAGAAGAAACAUGCAGGGAGUGAGAGUUUUCGUGCAGCACAACAGAGGGGCGUGUAUUAUCAAUACAUGUCGAAUGUUUUCCACGACCCAUCAUCGGGCGGCGGAUCAAAGAUCUUACAAACUCGUGGUGGUUGGAGGUGGGACGGGCGGCUGUAGCACGGCCGCUAGGUUCUGUCACCAGCUCGGGAAAGGGAAAGUAGCAGUGAUCGAGCCAUCAGAGACUCACUACUAUCAGCCACUAUGGACACUGGUAGGGGGAGGAAUCAAGACGUUCAAGGAGACCGUCCGAUCCAUGAAAGAUGUCCUCCCGAAGGAGUGUGAUUGGAUAAAAGCAAAGGUCACGAACUUUGACCCAGACAACAACACAGUGGUUACCAGUGAUGGACAGAAGAUUAAGUAUGACUUUAUGGUAGUGAGCAUGGGGAUGCAGCUCAACUUUGACCAGAUCCCAGGCGCAUUGGAAGCUCUGAAGAAUGACCCCCAGGUCGUCUCCAACUACGCCCCGUGGACUGUGGAGAAGACAUUCCCCGCCAUCAGAAACACAAAGGACGGUAACGCCAUCUUCACCUUCCCCAACACCCCCAUCAAGUGUGCAGGUGCCCCCCAGAAAAUCAUGUACCUGGCCGAGGAACAGUUCAGAAAGAACGGGGUUAGGGACAAAGUGACGGUAUUGUAUAACACUGCCCUAGGUGUGAUUUUUGGAGUCAAGAAAUACGCUGAGAGGCUGAUGAAAGUCGUAGAGAAAAGGCAUAUUAAAGUCAACUAUAGAAGAAACCUUAUUGAGGUCAAGUCGAACAAAAAGGAGGCUGUGUUUGAGAACCUUGAUACAGGAGAGAAAGAGACCUUCACUUACAGCCUGCUUCACCUGACCCCUCCAAUGAGUGCCCCUGAUGAGCUCCGCCAGUGUAAGAAACUGGUCAACGAGGCCGGAUACCUGGAGGUCAAUAACGACACACUCCAGAGCACCCGGUACCCCAACAUCUUCAGUAUUGGAGACUGUAACAGUGCUCCUACAUCAAAAACAGCUGCAGCUGUGGCAUCACAGGGUGGAGUGGUGAUGAAGAAUCUUGGAGCUCUGAUGAAUGGUAAACCAAUGUCCAAGAAGUACGAUGGCUACACUUCCUGUCCCCUCAUCACCUCCAAAGGGCGCUGUAUCCUGGCCGAGUUUGACUACAACGGGAAUCCCCUGGAGACUUUCCCAAUUGACCAGGGCAAGGAGCGCUGGUCUAUGUACCAUCUGAAGGCUGAUGUCCUGCCGUUCAUGUACUGGAACGCCAUGCUGACAGGACACUGGAAUGGGCCGAGUUUCUUCAGGAAGGCCAUGAGGCUUGGACUGAGUGAUGGAAGCACCAAGAAAUCCUAAGUAUAUUCAAGACAUGAAAAGAUCCGGUGAAGUAAAUAAACUUGGAUCCACACCAGAGAAGGCAUUAUUAGCUUUUAUAAGAAAUAUGGAUCCACUCCUUACUAAUGAAGAAAAUGGCAAUCGGUGACUUGUCUGUGGUUCUAAGUGGAAUAAAAAUUUAUUUGUCAUAAUUCAGAGAAAAUAAUCCUUUAUGGUGCAAAAAAAAAAAUUGAUAAUAAAUAGUGCUGAAUUUUAUUGUGAUAACAAUGGCUGUUGUGUAUUCAAUUCCUUUUGUUGUUUGUUGUCUUUUUUUCAAAUUUUUUGAUGUUUUAUUUGAAGGACCACAACUAUUUGCUUAGAUGUACGGUAUAUAGUGCAUUUUUUAUUCCAGUUUUGGUGCAUUACUUCCCAAAUUUUUUUAUUCUCUUCUUUAUAUGUGGCUUUGGGAAAACUCAUCAUUAUUGUCUCUUAUCAAGUUUUAAGUUUGUAUUUCUUUUCCGGUACAUGUUUUGAAUGUGUUGUGUGAAUUUGUAUAAUUCAAAAUCUUUACUUGUAUACAUUGAAUUUUUUGUAUACAAUUUUUAGUAGCAUGAGAGUAUAGUUACUCAUGAGUGAAUUGUCUCUUAUUAUAGAAAAUUUAAAAUGAAUUUGUAUAUAAAUAUUACAAAACUUUACUCAGCAUAUACAAUAGGGUGAUAUAGGAGUGUCGAAAGAAGUAUAACUUUAAGUGUUUUUUAUAUAAUUAUGAAAGAGUAAGGAUUGAUAUUUGUCAGGGUCUGUUUACAUACUAUAUAAAUGUGUGUUGCAUAAAGACAAAACAACUUUUUUUCAAGAAUAUAUAUAUAUAUAAGUCAAGCUGCUUUACAAGUUAAUGCACUGUUUUGAAUUCAUUCAGUUUUGUAGAAGUUCUUGUAUUUUUAUUGAAUUUCUUUUUUUUGUAAAAGGAAAACACUUAAAAAUUAUCAAGUAUUUCAAUUUACAGAGUUCUGGCUUUAAUCGUAGAAAACAUUAUACAAGUAUUACAAAAAUUAUGAUUGUUUUUUCCAAGUAUUGUUUUUCCAACGAACGUGUAUUUUAGAACGAUUAUGAAUUGAUAUACCGAACUGGAGUCAGAUAUAAAACAAUCAUUGAUAUUUACAUAAUCAAAGCAUUAGUUGUUUUUCUCAGUAUUCAUCAUCUUUUUCAACGAUACUUCUUAGGUUGUAUGUAGAAUUCAGUAUUGGUUUAGAAAAAAGAACUUGUUUACAAUAGUUUGUUAAUAUUAACAUUCUCAUUUCUCUUGAUGAUUUAUGGCACUAUGUAAGAGAAGUGUAAAGUCAGCAGAAAAGGGAGCUUAGAAAUGAAGUGGUCCCCAAAAUUACUGUACUUUUGAAUGUUUUUUAUGUAUUAAAAACAAAUGUAUUAUCAUAGGUGCAGUAUUUUUUAAACUAAGAAAUAGCAUUGCCUUUGACUGAAAACAUUCAUUUAAAAAAAAUAUUUAUUAUAAUUAUUGUAUUUGGAUAUUGAUAGUUAAUUAAAAAUAGAUAACUUUGAUUUUUUAAAAAAAAAAAUUUAUCUCAAAAUAUCUUAAGAAAAAUGCAAUUGUUUAUGUAGAUUUUGUUUUUCAUUUGGAUUUUGUAAAUGUAAGGUAUUUCUUAAAUAUUUUCUCAACAAGAAAAUGUAUUUUUGAGGGAUAUUUAAAUUUUUUCCUUCCAGGAUAUCCAUUGUUAUUCAAGUGCCUUUUUACACAGUUUCAGUUUUGUGUUAAACUCUAAAUUGUACACAAUGGGCACUGAAAGUUAUUGUAAAUGGUCAUUUUUAUACAUGCGCAUACAAUUAAUUCCAGUGCCCAUGACUGUACAUGUAAUCAAUGCUUUAUCUGCCAUUCAUAUGACUUUAUGAUAAUUCAUACUAUUUUACAAUAACUCUUACAUGAUUAAUAAUGAUAUUGUAUACUAUUUUUCAUUCAACGAUUAAUAGUGCCAUAUAGUUUGAACAGGGGUCAAUGUGCAUUGUAUUGCCCUCAUCUACUGUGAUCAAUGUUAAAACCAUAUUGUUUGAAGGAACUGUCCACAGGGGUUGUGUAUAUUCUAUUAGAGAAAAAAAGAAUUUGAUAUUGAGAAAUUAGUAUUAUGGUGAAGAAUGUACUGUGAUGGUGAUAGAAUAUUGUAGCUGCAUUUUCAAAUAUAUUUGUCUCAUUUUUCCCUUAGGUCUAGAUUUCACUCAGAAUUGUUGCAUUAUGUUUACAAUUUAAAAUUUUUCUCUCCAAGAGAGUAACUUUUUAUGUACAGUAAAACACGCUUAUGAUGAAGUGCCAGGGACUGGCAAUUUUGCUUCGUAACAAGCGAAAUUCGUUAUAACAGUCAAGUUUACAAUAUGUAAUAAAGUCACGGG